AGGCUCCAGCCGCGUAGUCCUUCCGGGCUAUCCUGUGGCUUGCAAGGUUGCUGCUGUUUGCCAUGCUGCGGGGGCUGCUUUAGUGACCGCUGUGCAACAUCCCCGCCCCCCACUUUCCAGGCUGCUCCUUUGCCGGCCUUGCUCCGGGACGGCUCGCCCAGCCCUCGGCAUGAUCGUGGCGGCGGCGGCGGACCGAAACAAGGAGCCCAUCCUGCGGGUGCUCAGGCAAUACGUGGAUCCCAGCCAUCCGCGGAUCGAGGCCUUGGAAGUGGCUUCGGGCACCGGGCAGCACGUGGCCCACUUCGCCCCAGGCUUGCCCAACGUGGCGUGGCAGCCGUCGGAGGUGGACGCGAAAUGCAUGCAGAGCAUCUCUGCCUACACCCAGGUGCUGUGCCUUCCGAACGUCAAACCGCCCAUCUUUCUGGAUUCGUCCCGGAGCUGGGAGACCUGGGGGCCAAGGCCAGGCUCUCUGGAUCUCAUUGUCAACAUCAACAUGAUCCACAUCUCAGAUGUGAGCUGUACUGAGGGUUUGUUCAAAGGAGCUGGGAAGCUGCUGAAACCGAGAGCCGUGAUGAUCACGUACGGGCCUUACGCUAUCAACGGAUGCAUCACCCCCCAGAGUAACGUGGACUUCGAUUACAGCUUGCGGAUGAGAAACCCAGUGUGGGGUCUUCGGGACAUGUCUUUACUGCAGGAACUUGCUGAGGAGAAUGGGAUGCAACUGGAGAGGAUGGUUGACAUGCCAGCCAAUAACAAGUGCCUCGUGUUCCGAAAGCAGUGAGGUGGCCUGCAGAGACCAUCGUGCUCCCGGGCUGAAGUUCCCUUCCAUGCAAAGCUGAACUCUACGCUUAGAAGAAGCUCUUCUGGUGUGAAGGAAUGAGUACCGUGCUUUAUAUUUGUGGGAUUUUUUUUGUAGCGUCAUAGUAUUGAGACGGUAUCUUGUAAUGGUACCUUGGGAAUCUCUCUGUAUCUUAUGUUUUUUUUAAUGAAUAAAAAGGAUUGUUUGCCUUGUGUGA